CCAGGAGCUCAGAGGAGUCUCAGGGGCUCAGGGGCUCAGAGGAGGCUCAGGGGCCCACGGACUCAGAGGAGGUUCAGGGGCCCAGGGGCCCAGAAGAAAUUGAGAUCAAAGGCCCAGAGAAGACUGAAGAGACCAGAGGGUCAGAGAAAACUGAGAUCAGGGGUCCAGAGGAGUCUGCAGAAACCAGGGAGCUAGGGGAAAUCAGGACCCCAAAAAAGACUGAGGUCAGGGAUUCAGAGAAUUCUAAAGAGACCAGCUACCCGAGGGAGAGAAAGAGAAAAGGUUUUGUGAGAUUUGAGGAUAGCAGAAAACCUGAAGAGCCUGAGACCAGGACUUCAGACAGUUCUGAGGAGAUCAGGGACCCCAAGGAAAGUUGGGACUCAGAGAAAACCAAGAUGACCAGGGACCUAGAGGAGGAUCUCCAAGUCUCUGUGUCCCCUGGGUCUUCUGUCAGUAACACCCAAGUGAAGAACAUGGUGGAUAAGGGCUGUCUCAGCCUCAUCAAAUAUUUCCUUUUUGUCUUCAACGUCUUCUUCUUCGUCCUGGGCAGCCUUGUCUUCUGCUUUGGUCUCUGGAUUCUCAUCGACAAGAACAGCUUUGCCUCCUUCCUGGGCCUGUCCUUUACACCGCUGAAGGUAUGGUCCUACGUGCUCGCCACCUCGGGGGUUCUCACUGGCCUCCUGUCCCUCCUUGGCUGCCUUGGAGCCAUCAAAGAGAUCCGCUGCCUCCUUGGCCUUUACUUUGGUCUUCUGCUGCUCCUGCUUGCUACCCAGAUCACAGUAGGAGUCCUCAUCUACACCCAACACGGCCUGCUGGAGCGCAAGGUGAAGGACAUCGUGCUGGACGUAAUCGACAAUUACCACAAGUACCCGGACACGUACAGCACCGCUGAGAACUGGGAUUUUGUGCAGUUCCAGCUUCGCUGCUGCGGCUGGACCUCUCCCCAGGACUGGCUGCGGGCACCCUCCCUCGAGUUCAACAUCUCCUCCCUCAGCGGCAGCAGCGGAAGGGGCUCCACCUUCUCCUCCACCCCGAGGGGCGACCUGGAGCCGUCGGCGCAGCCGCCUGGGCCGCUUCAGCGCGUGCCCUGCUCCUGCCAGAACACUUCGGUGAUGAUCACAUCCCAGGGCCUUGGGGACUCCCCGAGAGCCAGCCCGCCUGCCGCGGCGCCCGGGGCCAGGGCCACCGCGGUCUCUGCCCCGGGCAUGGCCGUGAUCCUGCCCCGCGUGGGCAGCCCCGGAACCCCGGCCCGCCUGCGUUCGGGCGAGCUCUGCUUGACGUCAGCAGACAGCGGAGUCUACCAGGAGGGCUGCUCUCGGAGCAUCUUCACGUGGCUGCACAACAACCUCAUCUCCAUCGUGGGCGUCAGCCUGGGCCUGGGGCUGCUCGAGCUCGGGGUCAUGUCGCUCUCGAUGUUCCUCUGCAGGAACCUGGAUCACGUCUACAACAAGCUCUCGCGAUACUCUUAGACACCCUCCCCCCGCCACCACCUUAUCCUACCCGGGACCCUGAGCUCUGCCUCCCCCCCAUCCCAUCCACUCUCCUCCAGGAGACCCUGGAGUUCUCUCCCGAAACGCCCUCUUCUCCCAGAUUUCUUUCAUCCUCCAGAACCCUGGCACCUUGUUUCCUAAUAGUCCUCUCCCUCCUUGGGCCAACCAGGUCCUUCCCUUGAGCACCCUAGAAAUAUUCUGUCCCACCCCGCCCCUUCCCGAGGAUUCUCCUGCAUUUAGUCUUUGAGCCCCCCUCCCUCCACAAUAUUCACGCAGAGUCCGGAGGUGGUGACUAAUAGUGUCCUACUUUAACGAUCGAGGUCUCUCGUUCUCCAUCCCUGUCUCAUCCCACCUGGAGCCCUGAUGUCGGAGCCCCCAAACCCUCCUCCUACCACCUCCCCUCUACUACCCCCGUGUCCUUUCCUCCGGCCUCCUUUUCUUUCCCCAGGGAUUUUGGUGUCCACCACAAACCCCUAUCUUCUCGCUCUGGACUAUUCUAUCUUCUUCCUGGGUUCCUCAACAUUCUGUCCCCUCCUUUUUUCCCUGCCCCUGGGAAGACCUAGUAUUUUAUCCCCCACUCUCUUGUCUCUAUUCUAGGACCCCCACUUUGUUGUGUCCUUCUGCCUUUGCUCCUUUUCUACUCUCAAGCACCCACGAUUUUCUCUCUCCCCUCUGCAGGGACACCAUGCACUGACUGCCUUUGAAUACCCUUUAACCCCCUGCCCAAUUUGUUUCCUUCUCAUCCUUCUCCUUUUCCAAUUCCCUUUCUGUCGAAUAAACCUUGAGCUCUGGGUAAGAAAUAAAAAUCAUUUAAUCUGCUGGUAAAA